AUGAGUUGCUGGCAUGAUCAUUUCAGCCUGUCGAAAGAUAGUGCACUUGUGAAGCUAUUGGAAUGGAUCACCGCAUACUGUCCACGUCAAAAUUAUGGCAUUUGGUUGUAUACCAACACUUCUGUGUUGUUAUGGUCUCUCUUGCUGCUUGCCGAAUUGUGCAUGACGGAUGAUCCUAGUCGCACUCGAGAUCGGAUUGAAGGAACUGAAGCAUAUUUGGUCUACAGUUUCGGAGUAAUGCUGGUCUGGAAUCUAGGAGCUGGAUUGCACUUGUUGGAUCAUUUCUAUGUUCAUCAGAUUGUGGCUCGGUGGAAUGGACAAGGACACGAAGUUCAAUACUGCAGACCAGAAGAGCGAAGAUUGCUAAAUUCCUGUAAUAAGGAUAAUGCGAAUGAUGAGGAUCCUGAAAUAGCCGCCACCAAUCAUGAAGAGAGUACUUCCAAAAGCAAUCAUCAAAGUUCAAACAAGACGAUAGACCUUUGUGCCAUUCUGUUUGAAUUCAUUCUGUCCGUCUACUUUUUGGACUACUCACGACGAGCUUUCCGCAAGUGGAAUACUGCAGACAAAGAUGUGGCAGAUGAAUUCCUUAACACCAUCAUCAACAUUGGCGCCUUUUCGUAUCAGGUGGUUCGGAUAUGGAAGAUUCGACAGGGAGACAUUGCGAGAGAGUUGGCGGAAAUGGCAGCAGAAGAAGACAGUCAUGACGAACACCAUGCUGAUACAGAGUUUGAGGAGGUACACUUCAAUACUGUAUACUACUCAACUUGGUCAAUCGGAAAUCUUCAUGGACUUGAAAUUGUCGAUCAUACGACUGAAGAAGAAAAAGAUGAACUUCUACAAGGGACAGGCACUUGA